GCGUCUCAUAUUUAAAUUAACUCGCGCCCAGCUCAUGUGCUCUCAAUAGGUGCUAAAAUCAUGAGCCCAAAAAUAAUCACUCUGGUGGCUAUAUUGAUUAUUAGACACGCAAAUGCGGACUGUCAAAAAGACAUACAGGACUACAUUCAAGGACUUUCAAAUUUUCAACUAUGGUCUUGGGAAAUGCUCGACUCUUCUGUGAAGUAUCCGACUGGAACCAUUUUAGAGGGACAGUUUUUGGUCCAGUUGGGAAAUUUCGAUCAGUGCAUCGCUGUCCGAGGGCCAAAUGAUGACUCAGGAACCCCAAGAUUUAAGGGCAAAUAUUGUCACUUCAAUUUUGGUUUUCAGAGUACUGCACAGACUGACAUGUUGAAUGAAACCAUUGUUAAUGCCCUUGCGCUUCAAAAGGCUGUCAGCGAAUUGACAAAUAGAGGCGCCACACGGUCAGCACAAACAAUCCAACUGCCCUUCUUGUGGGCCAUCUGUGCUCCUUCCUCGUGCACGGAUGAAGAGGUUACAGAGGUCGCGAAUUUCAACAUGGGUGCUUUUUCAAAUAUUUUUGGGAUUGAAUCGAACUCAUCCAUUGCACCUAAUUCGUGCUACUACGAGGGAGAUGGAUCAGAAAAAUUUGAUGCGCUGACUUGGUGCUUCAUUGGAUUCGUGGUAAUAGUUGCAAGCUGGAUUUGCUUUUCUUCUCUCUACGAACUCUUCAUCCCAAACAUAGAAAAUUCGGGCUGGAAAAUUUUUGUCAAAUCAUUUUCGUUGCAAACCAAUGUUGGCGAUUUAGUGAAAUUGCCCUCGAACCCAGCUCCAGGCCAGUUAAGCUGCCUGCAUGGCAUGCGCGUCAUCUCUUUGAUGUGGGUCAUUUUGGGACAUACUUACAUGUUUGCAAUUUCUUUCCCCGUCAUCAAUUAUGUUUCUGUCCAAUUAAAGGCUACUCGCAUGUGGAGCAUGGCUCCUUUGAUGAAUGGAUACCUGUCAGUUGACACUUUCUUUUUGCUCGGCGGAAUUUUAGUCACCUAUGUUCCAUUGGUGGACCAGUCAAAAGGCAGAAAGUUCAACAUUUGGAAAUAUUACAUCUAUAGAUAUUUAAGGAUUACGCCAGCGCUUGCAGUUGUCACAUGGUACCUAUCAUCACUGCACAUUUACAUUGGCCAGGGUCCAAUGUGGUACAUAACGGCUGGUUUUAGUCGAACAAUUUGCAGAGAGAACUGGUGGCCAACAUUGCUUUAUAUAUCGAAUUACGUUUAUGACAAUUGCUUGGGACAGGCAUGGUAUUUGAGUGUAGACAUGCAACUGGCACUCUUAGCGCCAAUUGUGAUAAUUCCAUUAUUGAAGUGGCCGAAUUAUGGACUGGGCUUGAUAGCAAUAUUAUCGUGCGCUUGCUUUGGUGCCAUGUUUGGAGUUACUUACGUCGAAAGGUUUCCUUGGACCUUCAUCAUGAAGCCAGGAACAGACAUAAGCCGCUACAUGGACCUCUAUUACCGAAACACUCCACUGCGAGCUAUGCCAUAUUUAGUUGGAAUGGCGCUUGGCUACAUUUUGAGCAAGAAAAGAAAUAUUAAACUGCCAAAAUGGGCUGUGGCUCUUGGAUGGUUUUUGAGCACAUUAGUGUGUCUGACAAUUGUCUAUUCAAUUUUAAUUGUCUACGACUUGGAUUACACGUAUGAGCCUGUUGCCGCUGCUUUCUAUGCCAGUUUGCACAAACUUGGCUGGGCCCUUGGAGUUGGCUGGGUCAUUUGGGCCUGCGUUAAUGGCUACGGAGGCCCUGUGAAUAGCAUCCUUUCAUGGAAAUUCUUCUUGCCGCUAAGCAAAUUGAGUUUUGCUUUCUACUUGGUCCACCAAGAUAUAAUUAAUUUCCAACGAGGACUGCGACGAACAGCAAACUAUAUUUCGAAUUUUGAAGCGUUCUACGAUUUCGACGCCUACUUAAUUUUGUGCCUGCCUGUGUCCGUUUUACUUUAUCUGGCAAUAGAGGCACCGAUAAUGAAUUUGCUGAGGAGUAUCUUUCGAAAAGGUUCUCCAGGUCCACCGAAAUCGGGAAAGAAGAAAUGACGUCGAUUUUAAAUUUAAAGACGAUGCGGUUAUUUUUAUUUGCAGUUCCGAAAUAAAAAUAAUUGCUAUAUAUUGCUGUGUAAA